AUGGGUUUGACUGACAAGAUCUCUUCUAAGAUCAGCGGAAACAAGGAUGUUGAGAACAUCCAGAAAGCCGACCAGGCUGGUGGUAAGGCCAUUGGCAAGGACAACAUCUCUGGUGAGGUGAGAAACCUUGACAAGGACCUGGCUGCCAAGUACGCCAACGACGCUGACAAGGCCGGUGGCCAGUACGUCGGCAGAGAGAACUUGUCCGGUACUGAGGGCGGUAUCGGCAGCAAGUUCUCUGGUCAGGGUGCCUCUGGUUCUUCUGGUGCUACUGGCUCCCACGGUGCUACUGGUUCUGGUUCUGGCACUGGUGCUGGCGCUGCCGGUGCUGGCGCUGCUGGUGCUGGAGCUGCUGGCGCAGGUGGUGCCGCUUACGGGGCCUCUGGCUCUGGCACUGGUGCUCAAUCCUCCUCUGGCUACGGUCAGUCUGGUGGCCAGUCCUCCUCCGGUUACGGCCAGUCUGGCAACCAGUCUGGUUACGGUUCCUCUAACGCCCAGGGUGGUUCUUACGAGACCGGUUCCGGCUCCACCUCUGGCAGAGGCUACGAGUCCCACGAGCCAACUGGCAGCCUGUCUGCUUACGGCUCCUCUGGUCAAACUGGCCUGGGUUCCACCAGCCAAGGCCAGUACGGCAAGGACGCUCUUUCUUCUGGUAAGGAUGCCUCCAACGCCUACUCUUCUGGCGACAAGGCCGGUAUUGCCACUGGUGGUGCUGGUGCCGCCGCUGCUGGUGCCGGUGCUGCUGGAUACGGUGCUUCUCACCUGGGCUCUGGCUCUGGUUCUGGCUCUCACGGCAACUCUGCCUACGAGUCCGGCUCUGGUCCAAGAACCCACGGUUCCGACGCCUACGGCUCUGGCCACUCCUCCCACGGUUACGACACUGCUUCUGGCGCCAAGACCUCUGGUGCUCCAGGUGGUGUUUCCGAGGGCUCUGCCACCACUUCUAGAUACGACUCAGAGGGUGGUGCCGACAAGUACGGUGCCACUGGUUCUCGUGGCCACGGUGCUACUGACGCCAAUGCUACUGGCUCUGGCUUGGGUGGCUCCAUUGGCGGUGCUGGUGCCGGUGGUGCUGCUGGUGCUGCUGGCGGCUACGCUGCUGGUUCCCACGGCUCCUCCUCUCACGGUGCCUCCACUGGUGCCUCUGGCUCCCACGGUGCUUCUGGCUCUCACGGUGCCUCUGGCUCUCACGGUGCCUCUGGUUCUCAGGGUGCCUACGGCUCUUCUGGUGCUACUGGCUCCUCUGGUACUGGCUCUGGCUUCUCCACCGGUGACUCGUCCUUGGACUCCAAGAUCUCCAAGUUGGACCCUAAGGUUCAGGACAAGGCCAAGGAUGCUUUCCAGAAGGGUUACGACGACGCUGUCAAGUCUAUUAACAGAUCUUAA